GCAGUCUCGCAGGCUCGCUCUUUUACCGGGAACGAGAGCGGUUUCUCGCUCUACAACGAAUUUGCAUAUCACGGACUCGCUCGUGUGUGAGCGUGGCUUAAUUGCCCUCCUCGAGAUCGCAACCCGUAGCUUACGUAUAUAACCGAUGCGCGGUCAAUCUUUUCCUUCAAACGCUGUCUAAGAGCCCGAGCAGCUGAGAGCCGGCGAGCUGAACAGGAUAUACGUUAUAGGAAGAGAAGGAAUCAGCGCGCGAUGAAAUCAGCGGUAUCGAUGCUACUUCUACUGGCGGUUGUCUCGUUGAAUUUAAUAAGCGAGGCACGUGUCUGGCAGCACGUAAACGUAACAUCGAGUUUCACCGAUCAAUCGGUAAUCGGCGAGACUGAUUUUACACGAUCGCGUAAAUCCCUGGAUAACGGCAAACGACCGCAGAUUCGUAAUCAAAGUAGAUCAGACGACGAGGUACGACGGAUUCGCUUGGAUUCCGAGGAGGACAAACCGGGCAUUCGCGCGUACGGUCUGCCGAGGAAACGUCUGCAAGAUAAUGGUGUUAUCGAGAGGAUGCACGUGGAGGAUGAUGGAAUCAACGACGCUCCAAAGAUUGGUCGAUUGGUGGAAGUCUAUGGAAUGCCAAAGGACAAAGUAGCGACCAAUGGUUUCAUCGAGAGAAUGCCUUUGGUAGCAACCGUGGAUCGGCAGUCCACGAGAUUAAUAUCGAACGAGAAGGUCGAAGCCAGGGUCAGGAGAUCCGUUCGUGAACUCGGACUCGAGAACAAGGUCGAAGAGAAAGUCGCGAACGAGGCGGAGGACAUGCAGACGCAGGAUGCCAAGGUCUUCAGACCGCUCUUCGUCUAUAGGCAACAAAUGGCCGCCAGACAAAAACGGAAACACUCGAGAAGCUUUACUCACAGGCACCACCGAUACGCGAGUCACCAUUAUUGCGAUCAUCAUCGACUGGUUCGUUGAUUCUCUCAACGAUUACGGAUUCACAUCGACAUGUUCUCCAUCCUGGCUGAAGUUAUAUAAUUAAGAAAGAACAAUAUUUAUAGUCAGGUCUUUUACAGUUAGUAUCUCGUUUUAAGUUUACUCUCAAAUUCUAUUUAUUUCAUUGGGAUUAUUCUUGUUAUUCCUCUUAGCUGUUGUAGUAGAUUGCACGUUUUUUUGCAAUUUGGAACGAAACGAACAUACUUUAUAACUUAGCGUCGAAGGGAAAAGGAAGAAGGUUCCAACAAGCAGCAACUAGAGUUUUAGUUUUAGCUACAGUUUAAUUGAAAACAACAGGUCCAUUGGCCACAGAGCAUUUGGAAAUUAACUGGAAACGGGUCUUAAAUGUGAAAUUCGAAUGUGAACACCGCUCUAUAUGAAUAUUAGCCUAUACAUAAACAUGGAACAUGUGUUUGUCGAUUUUUCGAUGUUUCCGAAGAAUGCUGCUGAAGGAAAUUGUUAGAAGUGUCCGUUGGUGUGCGCAUUAAUAUCGCUCUCGGAUAUUGCCGCGACAUUUUAUUAUGUGCGCAUUAAACAUGACUUUCUUUCUUGUUCUCUCACACACAAUCGUAAAAAGUAUUAUGAAGUUAGUGUUAAUUUUAGAUAACGUUGUUACUUUAUUCCGAUGAUGAGUCGUGCGCACAUUCGCGUAUAAAAUGUUAUCGCUAUAAGAUUACAUCGGAAGAUAUUUAAUAAGAGUAAAUAUAUGUUUUGACGAAACGUCAUGACACGUUGGGGCAAGAUUAGAAUCCUGAGAAGUGAUAAAUAAAUCUGGUGUUUAACCGCUGGCAACAAACACUUAAAUCGUUAGUUGUGUCGCGAAUAGCGAAUAGAAAUAAAUCGCACGCGCUUUAAUUCUCGCGUGAUAAAAUUCGUCUGGUUCUUCGAUCUUUACGAUCGAGCGAAAAUUAGUCGCGCAGUUAAAUGGAUGAGGACACUAAAAUGUUGCAAAGUAAUCGACACUAAUUUCUCGACCAUCGUUUGAUGACACGUACAGAGUACGUAAGGUCACGGUACGUUAACUACCGUAAAACAGCGCUGAAAACAGCGUUUCGGGCUGUUAAAUUAAUGCGGUGAACAUUUCGAGAGAAUUACGAGAAGAGAAGUACGAAGCGAUAAAUAACCUAUGUGAAUGAGAAAAAUAUGCCACUGAGAGAUGAACGGUCGUAUGAAUAAAAAUUUUGUGUU